CUAAAAUUUACAUCCAUUUCAAAUCACGCACGAAACUGAAAAUACCUAAAUAACAAUUUAUUAUUAGUUCUCAUUAGAAAUUACCGUCAAAUUAAAGAAGUUAAUAAAAGUUCAGUAGUUAAAACCGCCGGAACUUUCGUCUUUCGAUGAUAUAUACUGUGAUGGUAUAUAAUAGUACUUGUUUACUACAUCAAAUAAUUAUUAUUCGUUAAGUACGUAACGAUUCGUGUGCAAAAAUUUAGUGCAAUUUUUGCCUUUAACAGUCAAUCUUUAUAGGAUUGUAUAGUAAGAUGCUGGUACUUAAGAAUCAGGUAGCGUUGAUCACUUCAGCUACUUCGACAAUUGGAAAAGCUUAUGCCAAACAUCUUCUCCAAAAUGGCGUCAAGGUGGCGUUAUGCGAUAUUGAUUUUGAAACUUGUCAAUCGUCCGCCAAUGAAUUCGCAAACGUGUUUGGUGAUGAAUGUGUUUUGGCAUUGGGGUAUUCCGUUGCAGAUCAAGGAAAACUUGAAAGCGCUUUCAUUUCAUGCAUACAUCAUUUUGGGCGACUAGAUAUUGUCGUUAACAAUACAGCUGAAAUGUGGUUCGACGAUCAGGACGAAAUUAGUACACACUAUGGCGGAGUCGUUAACGGAACGCUUCUAGCAAUCAAGUAUAUGGGAGCUCCGUAUGGAGGCAAAGGCGGAACUAUGGUGCAGACGACAAACAGCAGAUUGGCGACUAGUGCCGUUGUCGAAUACACGAAAGCAAUUGGUGCCGUACCAAGUUCAAUGCACUUGAAUAUAAGAACUAUGGCAUUAAACCCAAGAAGUGUAUCGGAUAAUGUUGGCAAAGCUUUAAUUUAUAUUCUAAAACAAGGUAUUACUGGUCAAUAUUGGAUCGUGGAAAAUGAAGAAACACCAAGACUGGCAGUAACAGCUGAUAUUAUAAAUUAAAUAAGAGCAUUAAAUUAAAACUUAAAAAUAUUAACAAACCUUAAA